AUGCCCAUGCUUUCUUUGCUCUCCAGCACCCCCUCCCCAAUCUCCAGUCAGGGACUCCCUGGUGGAAGUUCAACUGAGACAAUUAUGCCGUCGGAGAAGACUGAACAACCGGCACCUACGCAGCGCCAGCGCCGCAAGCGGAUCGUGGUUGCUAUGACCGGAGCAACCGGGGCCAUCCUAGGAAUAAGAGUACUGGUUGCCUUGCGCAAGCUGAAUAUCGAGACGCACCUAGUAAUGAGCAAAUGGGCCGAGGCGACCAUCAAGUACGAGACUGACUAUACUCCGUCGAAUGUCAGAGCCCUAGCCGACCAUGUCCACUCGAUCAACGACAUGGCGGCCCCGAUCUCAAGCGGCUCCUUCAAAGCAGAUGGAAUGGUCGUCGUUCCGUGCAGCAUGAAGACCCUUGCAGCAAUCCACAGCGGGUUCUGUGAUGAUCUGAUCGCUCGCACCGCUGAUGUCAUGCUUAAAGAGCGACGACGCCUGAUCUUGGUCGCUCGGGAAACCCCGCUGAGCGAUAUUCAUCUGCGGAACAUGUUGGAGGUGUCCCGCGCGGGCGCAGUCAUCUUCCCUCCUGUCCCGGCUUACUAUAUCCGGGCAGCGUCCGUGGAUGAAUUGAUCGACCAGAGCGUAGGGCGCAUGCUAGACCUGUUCGACCUCGACACUGAGGACUUUGCGAGAUGGAAGGGCUGGCAGCGUUUAGAGAGUUGA